CAGGGUACUGUUUCCUGGUUAUCGAGACACGUGAAGGUCAACACCAGCGCUGGAAUAGCGAAGUCAGUAGUCAUAAUAACCUUUAUAACUGUUAGUCUUUGCUAUUAUUUUCUCCCAUGGAUAACCAAGGAGUCACAACAGACCCUCAACUGCAGCAGUUUAUCGAGAUCGAGUCUCAGAAACAGAGGUUCCAGCAGCUGGUCCAUCAAAUGACAGAAGUGUGCUGGGAGAAGUGCAUGGAUAAGCCUGGUCCAAAGCUUGACUCCAGGACAGAGGUGUGUUUUGUAAACUGCGUGGAACGAUUCAUCGAUACAAGUCAAUUUAUCCUUAACAGACUAGAGCAGACGCAGAGGAGUAAAACAUCAUUCACCGAGUCUAUGACAGACUAGUGGAGCCUCAGCCACUGCCUGGAUGACAACACCUGACUAAGGCUGUGGCAAGGCAACAUAAAAACUGUAAGCUAACAGCUAUCAAGAAAAGAUGAAGAUUCAGUCUCAAGGACAAAGUGCCUCAUUUUGCUUCCUGUAUUUUGAAGGCCAUAUAUUCUAAAAACGGAUGCAUGUACAGUCCCACAGCAAGACCUUUGUAUUGCCACCAGUAGACAUUUGACUUGAGACUUGAUGAUAUAUAUGAAAUAUAACACACAUCCAGGAACAUCACCUUUCAGUGUUCUGUUUUUAUGGAUCUGAGAAAUUGAAAUCUAGAAAAGGCUUUCCUUUCACUUCCUUUUUUAACUACCAGACCGGAAUUAAUUUCAUUGCAGAGUCUGGAAUGCAUUGUCUUACAGGGAAUGCUUCAAUGCCUCAUUUAAUGUCUGUUAAAAUUGCUGGACUUAAAAUAAAGUCAGAUAGCACCUUUAGUUACUCAUGUGAUGUGUAAAAAUGACUUGAGGUAGAAAGUAGAAGUGCACAUGUUGAAUAGAUUUCAAUCUCUAUAAAGACACAAGGUUUCCUAGAAAUAAUCUUUAUUAAAAUCUUUACAUAGACACUUAUAAAAGAUACAUUAAAGAAAGAACUCAAUGCAUACAAUAUUAACUAGAUCUCCCUAUUUAUAAAUUAAGCUUACAAACAAGCUUGUAAACUAGGCAAAACUGUUUGGUCCUGGAAUAAAUAAGAUAGCAUAACAUAAGAUGAUGUACAGCAGACUAUUUUACACUGUUUUACUACAUAUUUCUUAUUUAAUGUAAACCUAGUUUGCACAUUCUUGCAACUCAACAGUUUGAAAAAUAUAAGAUGAAAAUAUCAAGAAAAUUUUCAAGUGAAGAUAUGUUGUGCGCACUUAAGACUCAAAAUAUAAGCAGUACUUAAACACAAUUUGUUAAAGAAAAAUGCAAAUUAAAGUAAUCUCACAGUA